AUGCUUCUGAAUCCGCGUCCUUCCUCAAGUGUUCCACUUUACAAGAAAACCCAGAUAAGGAGGCAAAAAUGGAACUAGCCUCAAUGGCUGCAAGUUCCAACUUCUCCAUACUGAACCCCAGAAACCCAUAUAGAACCCAAAUUGCUUCUUCAUCACUGCACCCAUCAAUCCAGAAUAGCACCACCCCAGUUCAGAAUAAAAAGGAGGAUAGCAUUGAAGUUACUAUGCCAACCAUGUCUGAGAUAUUGGACUCAUCGAGGUCCCAGAAGCUUGACCUUAAGCUUCAAACUCUAGGACCCUUUUUCAGAAUCACAGCCAAAAGCUUGGAAACAGAGAAAGAGCUCGGCAGGGCUGAGGGGUUCAUAAGGGUAUGGCUAAGCGGGAGAAUUCUUCACUUGGAUUCAAUCAAGUUGCGAAGAGAGACGAUUGGAAUGGAGAAGUCAAUCUUUGGCAUUGGUUUGUUCAUUGGAGCUGUUGCAAUUAGACAUGGCUAUGAUUGUGGUUGCGACAAAGCUGAGUUGCUGGCUAUCAAUGACUCUGACAAAUACCAUCACAAGCUUGUUAGGUUCUAUUCAAGAAUUGGAUUCAAAGCUGUGUAUGAAGUAACUGGUUCAACAUUUGGGGACCUUGCCCACAUGUUGGUCUGGGGAGGAGUUGGGACAAGAAUGGAUGCCAAAGUUGAAGCACUUCUGAUAAAAUGGUGCAGCAGGUUCAAAUCUCGACAGUGAUUUGACUAUCAUCCAUUGAUUGAAUGUUUCUAAUGACCAAAAUCCAUCAAUUUUUGUGCUGGAGAUCUGAGAAUAGAAAGCAAUUUUCUGGUGCUGGUGCAUCCAUCUAAAGCAGAAGCACUGCUUUAGACUUCUGGCUUCUGUGUAGCUUAACUAGGUGAGAAGAUAUUCAUGUUUCAAUAGGUGAUUUCUCUUUAUUUAAUUCUAGAAUGAAACUACAAAGAAAUUGUAUAGUGCAAGACUGCAGGUUGAACCCAAGAUACUUAGACCAAAAAUGAGGGUACAAGUAGUUCCAAGCCAUUAGAUAAAAUCUGAUGGAAGAUGUAACAAUAGUUGAUAGUUGAUUCAUUGUAAGUGAAGUUCUCUUUCAUAUAAAAGGGUUUACAAUUGUGGG